AUGGACCUGGUGAACCAGGCAGAGAUCGCAGACUUCAUCAAAGCCCCCCCGGCACGAAUGUGGUGGCAUCAGUGCCAGCAUCGCACACGACCCCCACCUGUGAGGAGCACACAGAGAUCCGUGGGCCACCACCGGCACUGCGACAAGUGUUACAACCUCCACUGCCAGGUCCCGGUGCAGGUCUCCGUUUCAUGCAUGGUCCUCAAGUGCCGUAAAAGCUGUGGAGCGUCCUUCCACAUGUGCAAACAAGAGGAGCACCAGCUCCUGUGUCCCAACGAGGUGGUCCCCUGCCUGAAUGCAGAGAGCGGCUGCGCCCUCACCAUGCGCCGCCACAUGCUGGCCAAACACCUGGAGGUCUGUCCUGCCAGCGUGGUCUGCUGCUCUCAGGAGUGGAACCGCUUUCCUGUUUCCGAAACGGAUCUGAUAUUUUACAAGAAUGUCUCUGAAAACAUGGACGAUGACCUGGAUGUCGGGUUGGCUCUCAGGGACCAAGACCUGCUGUUUCAGUCCAUCAAAAUGAAAAAGCUUUUCCCUGAGUUGAUGGCAGAUGAGCCAAAGCUUCAGGAUAUUUCUCCUGAUGUGACCUGCCCUGCAGAAGAAGCGUCCUGUUCCUUCGAUCGUGGUGAGAUAACAGAACAGAAAGAAAAGGAGCUCAGUCAAGAGGAGAGAGACGCGUUGGCAAGGAGCAGGGAUGUGACAGGUAUUCAAAAGUAUAGCUCAUGGGAGAAAAUAUUCAGUAAAGAAAAGGAGGGAUGCAAGCAAGUGGCCGAGACUCUGAAUAAAGAGGAGAAGGAGACAGAAAUGGAACAAGAGUCAUCAAACAGUCUGAGCAGACGAGCUUCAGCCCAGGAAGACAGCUCUGCGUCUGGAGCAACCGGUCUGGCGCCGUGGCAAGACGGGGUCCUGGAAAGGCUGGGCAAAGAAGUCAACGUCGCAGAGUAUAACAUGUAUCUCGUGCACAACGGGGUCAUGCUGAUUAACUUUGGCCAACUGGCCGCCUGCACACCAAGAGAUAAGGACUUUGUUUAUGGGAAUCUGGAGCCCAUCGAGGUCAAGACCAUCCGCACCUUCACCGUUCCUAAGAGCUAUCGAGCAAAGCGCAGUCAUCUGAAAGACCCGGCCCGCAAAACCACCAUCACACACCAAAGUGUCGACACCGCAGAUCUGGGUGUGUCACUCGAUGACCUUCCAAAGUGUGAAGAGAUUAGCACGACUCUACUCUGCUGUCUGGAAAAGGAGCUGAAGGGACAUUUAAUCUCAGAGAGCACGUCAACAGACGGCUUUUAUGUCGAUAUAGGAACACAAACAUACAGCUUUCCCUCUGCCCCCUUCAGGGCAGACGCUUCCCUGGCCGAUGUCAUAGCGGGCAGGCCGAGGGGUCUACACAUGCACGUCGGAGUGGAAUCCGUCACCAGAAGACACAACAAAACAAGUUCGGCCUUCAGCUACAUGUGUGGCAGCUUCUUCCGCCGUGAUGAGUACCGCUCUCAUUUCAGGAAUGUGCACUGUGACAUCCAGGCCUCCCUGAACGGCUGGUUCCAGCAGCGCUGCCCCUUGGCGUACCUCGGCUGUACUUUCACCCUGUCGAGGUUUGGCCCCGCGGGUCAUGAAGCUGGAAUCAAAUACUGCAAAGAUGUCAACAGCUUAACACUCCGACCCCAAGCCGCCUGCCCGCCCUGCGAAGGGGGGAAAACCUUCAGCCCUCUGAAAGACGGUGCGCAUAGCAUGGACCCCCUGAGCCGGCUGCCUCUAGAGAUCCUCCAGCACAUCGCCGGCUACCUCGACAGCCUCGCACUGUCUCAGCUGUCUCAGGUCUCCCAUCUGAUGAGAGAAGUGUGUGCCACGCUGUUGCAGGAAAGGGGGAUGGUCUCGAUCAAGUGGGAGAAGAAAGCGCUCUCCGAUGGGAGAAGUUCCUGGAUGUGUUCCAAGAAAGUCUGGAAAUUCAGCUCCGUGUUUUCCUCUGUGGACAGAUGGAGAUUUGUCGAUGCUCCUUCCAUGUCAGAUCACCUGAAAACUUGUCCGUUCUACCAGAGAGAGGAGCGCAGCGACCCCGUGGCUUUGGCCUGCCUGGGAGAGGUCAGAGACAAACAGAAAGAGCUGAAGCGAGCGAGAUGACGGCCGUGUCCUGAAGCACGGUGGGCGGGCGGGCUCGCAGCGCGAGCGGGGGCCUUGUUCGGAAUCACUCAGAUGUGAUAUGUAGGCACCCACAGAACUGAGAAGUGGAUAAAGCAUCUGCGCGGAGUGAGAAGAAACUCGAGAGCUGCUGAGUGUUAAAGCCCCGCUGACAGAUGCUGGAUACGUGCAACAUCUCCCAUGGCAUAAACAAAUAUUUCACUGCGGUUUACUCAUCCAGCUUCUUGUUGUAGCUCACCCUCAAGCCAUGUUUCUCAUAUGUAGGUAAAAGUGACCUAUUUUUAUGUUUAAGAUAUACUAAAACUUGCAUAAUCCCUCAAAAUCCCCACAUUA